AUGGCCGACCCCUUCGAAGUACGCCAGCGCUUCACCACGCUCCUCGCCCACCUCAGCGCCUCACACACCUCGCUCCAAAAGGCCGCCCUCUACGCGCUUAAGAACCGAGAACUGGAUGAAGACCUGCACUCGUGCAUCCUCGAGCAACUCGAGCGCACCAACAUGAACACGCGCGCAAACAUCAUGUUCUUCAUUGAAUCGCUGUGCGAAAUGAGCGUGCGCGACAACAAUGCCGGAGAUCCCAGCGCCAUGGGAUAUGUGCGCAUGCUGCAGCGCGACAUUCUGGCUGUGGUGGAGUGUGUGGUAGGGGAGGAAGGGGCGAAUGUGAGGGUGGUGAGGAAGGUGUUGAAGACGUUGGAGGGGCUGAAGAUCUUGUUACCCGAGACGGUGGGGGAGUUGGAGGGUGUGUUGAAGAGUAGGGAGGGGACGCAUCCGUUCCUGGAGGGGGAUGGGGAUGGGGGGAAGAGUGGAGGGAAGAAUGGGGGUGUGAAGAUGGACAAGAGACAGAUUGAGCACCGGAUUGAGGAGGAUAGGGAACGCCAUAAGAGGUUGAGGGAGAGUAUCUGGGCGGUUCCGGGGGAGAAGGAGGAGGAGAUGGAGAGGUUGUGGGAGGAGGCGAGUGAGGUUGGAGAGGAUGAUGUUGUGAUGGGGAGGGAGGAUCGGGAGGAGAGGAGGCAGGCUGUUGCUUUUGGAUGA